AUGACAUUUAGUGUUGGUGUUGUGGCGGUUGCAUUGGUUAUCUUUUCAAUUUUAAUGUGGCGGAGGCAUCGGCAGUUGCAUUGCGUACGAUCAAUGGAAAGGCUUGCAGAUUCCUCGAACUCUUUUCUUAUAAUGUUUAGCUACAUGGACUUGAAGAUUGCAACUAGGAAUUUCAGGUCUAAGCUGGGGAGCGGAGGAUUCAGCACAGUGUUCAAAGGGUACUUAAUAGACGGUACAGUUGUGGCAGUAAAGAAGAUGGAGGGUUCAAGACAAGACGAGAAGCAAUUCCGAGCGGAAGUCAGUUCUCUUGGAAUCAUACAACAUGCGAAUUUGACCAGGCUUAGAGGGUUUUGUGCAGAAGGAUCGAGAAGGUUUCUGAUUUAUGAUUACAUGCCCAACGGCUCUCUAAAUUCCUUAGUCUUCACAAGUAAUUCCAAAAGUAAACAGAAGAUACUCGACUGGAAGAAGCGAUUUGAGAUUGCGUUAGGUACCGCAAGAGGAUUACUUUAUCUCCACGAAGAAUGCAGAGAUUGCAUCAUUCACUGCGAUAUGAAGGCAGAAAAUAUUCUUCUGGACAAUAAUUUUUCACCCAAGUUGGCUGAUUUUGGGUUUGCAAGGCUUUUGGGUAGAAAUUUUAGCUGCGUCCUGACCACAACGAGAGGAACGAGAGGGUACUUGGCUCCAGAGUGGAUCUCCGAUCUUACCAUCACUCCCAAGGUUGAUGUAUACAGUUUUGGUAUGACGCUCUUGGAAAUCAUUUCCGGGCGAAGAAAUCCUGAUUUAAGUGUGCAAGAUUCCAGUCAGUAUUACUUUCCAUCAUGGGCUGCAACUCAAAUUUACAUUGGCAACACAAUUAAUAUUGUAGACAAGGGUAUUGCAGAGGAGAGAGAUCUUGAGGAGGUGAGAAGAGCAAGUAUUGUAGGGUUGUUAUGCAUUGAAAAGGACGAGGAGUUGAGGCCAAGCAUGGGUCAAGUGGUGCUAAUGCUGGAAGGGAAGAUCCAGCCACAAAUUACGCAGACCAAGUGCUUUGCACUCAUGGACAAGCAAGCAGACCGAAGCGACACUCACAGCGGUAGCGACAACUGA